UAUCCCUUUGUUGGGAUUUUUGUUCUUUUCCGAAAUGAAUAUAUCUAAUGCUAAUGUACAAGUUUGCUCUAGUAAAUACUAGAGUAGAAGAAAAAUUAAUUGAUGUAUAUCUUCUUUAAACCUUUAAUUACUCCGUAAUUUCUUGUUUAAGAAUGAAAUGAAUAUCAAAUUAAAUUUGUUGGAGUUUUGAAAAUAAUCGUACGACCUACGACCAAUCCAAAAUUCUGUUACAAAACACAUUCCAGAACUCAAAAACACUUCUCACCUGAAUCAUAUCUCCUUAGAUUUCUGCGCCUUUUCUCUCUCUCUUAAAAACAACACCACCAUUUCAUUCCUUCAUUCUCCUUAUUUUGCCUCUUUCACUUUCUCUCUCCUCCCAACAAAAACAAAACCAUGAAACUACACCUAAAAGACCACACCUCUGAUCCCUCCUUCAAUCCCUCUCUUCCUAAACUCGCUUUCUCUCUCCUCCUCGGUCUUUCUUUUUACCUUUUCCUCUCUUUUUUCUCUCUCAAAUCUCUCUACUCCCCUCCUCCUCCUCUCUCUACUCACCUCACUCUCCUCGCCUCGGCCCCCGAGCCGAGCCCCGAUCCCACCGAGCUUCGUCACGUUGUUUUUGGCAUUGGCGCUGCCGCUAACAAGUGGGGCCGACGCAAGGAGUUUAUCAAGUCAUGGUGGAGGCCUGAUGUCACACAUGGUUUUGUAUUUCUAGACCGGAAGGUUAACUUAACCCGGACCGAGGACCCUUAUGAGUACCCGACUUUUAAAGUAUCCGAGGAUACUUCUAGGUUCGGGUACUCGUAUCGACGUGGGUCCCGGUCCGCCAUCCGGAUGACUCGGAUUGUAUCCGAGAUCGUCCGGAUGGGGUUGGAAGACGAAGUACGGUGGUUCAUCAUGGGAGACGACGACACCGUGUUUUUUCCCGAUAAUUUAAUUCGAGUGUUACGAAAGUAUGAUCAUAAUAAGAUGUACUAUAUUGGGAGUAAUUCGGAAACACAUUUGCAAAAUAUUAAUUUUGCGUAUGAUAUGGCUUUUGGAGGUGGAGGGUUUGCUAUUAGUUAUCCUUUAGCAUUGGCUAUUGAAAAAAUGCAAGAUGGUUGUAUCCAAAGGUAUACGGGUUUAUACGGUUCGGAUGAUCGGAUUCAGGCUUGUUUGGCCGAGCUCGGUGUUCCUCUCACUAGAGAACCCGGUUUCCACCAGUGUGAUGUGCAUGGCAACCUAUUUGGGAUCCUAACAGCGCACCCAGUAGCACCACUAGUAACACUACAUCACUUAGAAAUAGUUGAUCCAAUAUUUCCAUACAUGACCCGUCUCCAAGCGCUGCAACGUCUAAAGAUAGCAGCAGAAGUAGACUCGGACUCACUAAUGCAACAGUCCAUAUGCUACGACUCCACCAGGAACUGGACCGUCUCAGUCUCCUGGGGGUACGCGGUGCAGAUCAUUCGUGGUUCCAUCACACCCCGAGAGAUGCAAAGACCGUCUAGAACAUUUUUCAAUUGGUACAAUAGAGAUGAGCCAGCGAGUUUUGCCUUCAACACAAGACCAUUUACCAAGCACCCUUGUGAGAAGCCUUUCAUAUACUAUCUUUCUAAAGCCGCAAAUAAUGCAGAGAUUAAUGUGACAGUGAGUGAGUAUGAGCUAUAUCAAAUGCCUCAUCCUUGGUGCUGGUGGAAAGCUGAGAACCCUGAGAAGUUUCACAAGGUUGAAGUGUAUAAGAAGCCUACUGACCCUCAUAAAUGGGAUGAGGGUCCAAGAAGGGAUUGUUGUAGGGUGAUGCAUACAGACAAGAAAAGUACAGUGGUAAUAGAUGUAGGAGAAUGCAGAGAAGGGGAAUUCCUUGAACCAUUACAAUAAUAACUAAUUAAUAAAAAUUGCUAUAUUUUUUUUGAGCAAUUAUCAUCUCUCUUCUCAUUUUUACUUGCUUUCAAUUCAAGUUUAACCCAUUUGGGUUCUUAUUGGCCGAAUCGAAGCAAUUUUGAGUUAGGAUAAUUAAAAAACUUUUACCAUUGUAAAUAGGCUCUUUACGCACUUGUAUACUUUCAUCUUUGAUGCCAUUGAUGUUUAUCAUAUAUAUCAAAGCUUCAUAAAUGGAUGGAGUUUUAAUAGUACGUACUUUCUUAACAAAUUUACUAUUAUGGACAGAGCAAAUUCUUGUAUGCAUAAUGCAAUAGUUUAUAAUUCGUCUUGUGUGUGAUUACCUAUAAAAAAAAAAGUAAUUUUUAUAACAUUGACUAAAUAACUCAUGUAAUAUUAACCGAAUAAUCCUAUAACACUGACCUAGUAACCUUAUAACACAGAUGAUA